AUGAAAUCUCCUUCGCUGCACUUAAUAUUUCUGUCUAUUUAUCUACUCGGAGAACUCUAUUCGCGUAUAUCAAUUCCAAAGCAAAUGUCACCUUGGUCGAAUCAGACAAGGCAUUUUGCUGUGGUCUUUACGAUCAUGUCCUCCAUGGUGGUGGCUCCGGUUCUAUGCCGGCGAUGGGAGGUUAUGGGAAUGGGACAAGUGGAGGGACCUGAAGACUUGGUUUACGACGGAGGUGGCGGAGGUGUGAUAUAUGCAGGGUGUAGCGAUGGGUGGAUCAAGCGAGUCACGGUGAACGAUUCGGUGUCUGACUUGGUGGUCCAUAACUGGGUCAACACCGGAGGAAGACCUCUCGGUCUUGCUUUGAGCUCCAAUGGUGAUAUCUUAGUCAGUGACGCGGACAAGGGAUUGAUGAGAGUGACAAAGGAGGGAAAGGUUAGGGUGUUGGUGGAGGAGGUUGGGGGAGUGAGGUUCAAGUUAACAGACGGAGUGGAUGUUGCGGAAGAUGACACCAUUUAUUUCACAGACGCUUCUUACAAAUACAGUUUAAGUAAUUUCAUGCUUGACUUCUUGGAAGGGAAGCCUCAUGGCAGACUCAUGAGCUUUGAUCCUUCAACCAACCACACCACACUUUUGGCCUCUAAACUCUACUUUGCCAAUGGGGUUGCAGUCUCGCCAGAUCAGCAAUAUGUGGUCUUUUGUGAAACCCUCAUGAGAAGAUGCAGAAAAUAUAACAUAAAGGGCUCUAAGAAGGGCAAAAUUGAAAAUUUCGUUCAGCAUCUGCCUGGUCUUCCCGAUAACAUUCAUUAUGACGCACAAUCACAACUUUAUUGGAUUGCCAUGACCAUGUCUUCAAACGAGACAAGUGGUGCGGGCCUUGUUGGGGUGGAUAUGGAAGGAAAAGCAAAAUGUGGUUACAAUGAUAGAGAGUUGGCUUUGGUUUCAAGUGGCAUUAGGAUCGGAAGUUUCAUCUACUGUGGCUCUUUGCUCUAUCCCUUCAUCCUUCGUCUCCGUCUCUAGAUCUUCCAUUAUUCAGCGCCUCUAUAAUUUAUCUUCACCCUUGAUCCGAAAAUACAUAUAUACAUAU